CUGUUUUGGAAGAGCAGGUGUACGAGGCAACCCCUGCGUAGGAGCGGGAGGCUAUAGCGGCAGUUUCUCGAACAUUCACUUUACUCAAUCACAAAAUGGCGCAGAUGAUGGUACCAAGAGGCGCGCGUCCGCAGAUAAUUCUGCUAAAAGAGGGGACAGAUACAUCACAAGGCAUUCCGCAACUUGUGAGCAAUAUCAAUGCAUGUGAAGUUGUUGGUGACGCGCUUCGAACAACUCUUGGUCCAAGAGGAAUGGACAAGAUGGUAGUGGAUGCCCAAGGCAAAGCAACAAUAUCAAAUGAUGGUGCAACAAUUAUUAAACUUAUGGAUAUUGUUCAUCCAGCUGCAAAGACAUUAGUAGACAUUGCAAAAUCUCAAGAUGCUGAGGUUGGUGAUGGCACUACAAGUGUAGUAUUGCUUGCUGUAGAAUUUAUGAAACAAAUUAAACAAAUUGUUGAGGAUGGUGUACACCCACAGGCUGUCAUCAAAGCUUACAGGAAGGCAACAAAUAUGGUAUGUUGGUUUCAAAAGGGUUUUUAUUUCACAAGGUCUUUCAGCUAAAUAGAUUUAUACAUCAAUCGAUUCCACUAAUUUUGGUGAACACUAAAGUGAUAUUCUUCAUGUAAAAUAUGGAAAGCAAAUCUUGCAUUAAGCAUUUGCCUUCUUGCCGUUUUACUUAACUCAUAUACUCGGAUUGUUGCU